GAGGGACGCCAGGCCGACUGGAGGGCGGGCGCGGAGCAACCGGUCAGCGGCGCGCGGGCCGUGGACUUUAUGUAAAUCGGGGCCGCGCCCGGGCCUCCUAGGUAGGAUGGACCAGCCCCCAACGCCUCGGCCCUCACGUCCAAUAAGAAGAGCCCCAGCUUGACACCUGCCUAUAUACAGGCGAGCGCGCCCUGGCCGCGGACCACGCACAGCCCCCACGCCGCGGGCGAGCGAGACCUCGGCCCGCCACCAUGACUUCCAGUAAGAUCGAGAUGCCGGGCGAGGUGAAGGCUGACCCCGCCGCCCUCAUGGCGUCCCUGCACCUCUUGCCCUCGCCCACCCCAAACCUCGAAAUCAAGUACACCAAGAUUUUCAUUAACAAUGAAUGGCAAAACUCAGAGAGUGGGAGAGUGUUCCCUGUCUAUAAUCCAGCCACAGGAGAACAAGUGUGUGAAGUUCAAGAAGCAGACAAGGCAGACAUAGACAAGGCAGUGCAGGCAGCCCGCCUGGCUUUCUCUCUUGGGUCUGUGUGGAGAAGAAUGGAUGCUUCAGAAAGAGGACGUCUGCUGGAUAAGCUUGCAGAUUUGGUGGAACGAGACAGAGCCCUCCUUGCAACCAUGGAAUCCCUAAAUGGUGGCAAACCAUUCCUGCAAGCUUUUUAUGUGGAUUUACAGGGUGUUAUCAAAACCCUUCGAUAUUACGCAGGCUGGGCUGAUAAAAUCCAUGGAAUGACCAUUCCUGUAGAUGGAGACUAUUUUACGUUUACAAGACAUGAACCCAUCGGAGUGUGUGGACAGAUCAUCCCGUGGAACUUCCCCCUGCUGAUGUUUGCCUGGAAAAUUGCUCCGGCUUUGUGCUGUGGCAAUACAGUAGUCAUCAAGCCCGCAGAACAAACACCACUUAGCGCACUCUAUAUGGGAGCCCUCAUCAAGGAGGCUGGAUUUCCACCAGGAGUCAUCAAUAUUUUGCCAGGAUAUGGGCCAACAGCUGGGGCAGCAAUAGCUUCUCACAUUGGCAUAGACAAGAUUGCGUUCACAGGGUCCACAAAGAUUGGAAAGCUUAUCCAAGAAGCAGCUGGGAGAAGUAAUCUGAAGAGAGUAACUCUGGAACUGGGAGGGAAAAGUCCCAAUAUUAUUUUUGCAGAUGCUGAUUUGGACUAUGCUGUGGAGCAGGCACACCAAGGUGUGUUCUUCAACCAAGGCCAGUGCUGCACGGCAGGGUCACGCAUCUUUGUGGAGGAGUCCAUCUAUGAGGAGUUUGUGAGAAGAAGCGUGGAGCGAGCCAAGAGGCGCAUUGUGGGGAGUCCCUUUGACCCCACCACUGAGCAAGGACCUCAGAUUGAUAAGAAGCAGUACAACAAGAUCCUGGAACUCAUCCAGAGUGGUGUAGCUGAAGGCGCCAAGUUGGAAUGUGGAGGCAAAGGGUUAGGCCGGAAGGGUUUUUUCAUCGAGCCCACAGUGUUUUCCAAUGUCACCGAUGACAUGCGGAUUGCCAAAGAAGAGAUCUUUGGCCCUGUUCAGGAAAUUCUGAGAUUUAAGACUAUGGAUGAAGUUAUUGAAAGAGCCAAUAACUCAGACUUCGGACUUGUAGCAGCUGUCUUCACCAAUGACAUCAACAAGGCUCUCACAGUGUCAUCUGCCAUGCAAGCUGGAACCGUUUGGAUCAAUUGUUACAAUGCUUUAAAUGCCCAGAGCCCCUUUGGAGGAUUCAAGAUGUCUGGAAAUGGGAGAGAAAUGGGAGAAUUUGGUUUGCGAGAGUACUCGGAAGUGAAGACUGUGACAGUAAAGAUCCCGCAGAAGAACUCGUAAGGAGGCCAAGAAGCAAGGAGAAGGCCAGCCUGCACAGCUCUCCAGUCUCCUUUUCCUGUGGGGCUGAGCUCUCAGGAAUCUAAAGUUGAUAUCCAGUCUUUACUUAAAGGUUUAAAUGAUAACAUGCAAGCCA